CAGCCUCAGGGCUCAGGGUACGUUCCGUUUCAUGCAUGAUACGCAUGAUGCAUCCGUUCAUCCUUGUUUGUCAAACGUUAAACAAGGAUGAACAAUGCAUUAUGCGCAUCAUGCGUUGAAACGGAACGCAGCCUCAAAAAUCUGUUUCAGACACUUCAGAUAAUAUCACAAACAUUAUUGUAAUAUUGUACUUUUUGUGCUAUGAAGAUAUUUUUAUGUAUAAGAUAACUAAUUGUAGACCUUGCAUUACAUAUGUGUAUUUUAAUUACAACCAGCAACACACACACGCACACACACACACACACACACACACACAUAUUAAAAAAUUCGAUAUGACUAGGGAAUUUUUUGAAAUGGAUCGAUUGAAUACGUUUUACCAUAAACAUCCUCGAGAACGAGAGGCUCGAGUUCGUAUCUGCUCGUGUCAGAGAGAUACUCUUAAUGGAUUAUUCGUUAUAUAUAUCUUUUUGUCAUGGGGAAGGCGUAUCGAUAACAAAUUAAGAGAUGUCCUGCAACACGUGUCAAGUGAAAUUUUCAUUCUUUACAAGAGACGGAGAAGAAAAGUUUGCGGGCGUUGUUACAAUACGUUGAACAAAAUGAAAAAAUCAAGUGACUCGAGUCCCGACGUCACUGUUGAUGAUACUGUUAUGCCUGACGUGAAUGAGAAACCACUUGCACCAAUUGACAUUACUAUGAAACUGGAUUCAUUAGAAAAUCCAGUAAAACCUCCGAUAGUGAUAUACAAACAUACAAAUCACUGGGACAAACUCAAGAUGGGAUUAGAUCCAGUCGAUCAACAGAUUGUAGACAGACUACAAAAGCUGAAAGAUGAGGAACGGAACAUUGCAUUGCCUACUGUCGAGGAAAUAAAGCAAAGAUUGGCAGUGUUGAAGGAUCAGAAUCCAGAGGCCAGUGGAAGUAAUAGCAUAAAUAUACACCAAGUGGAUACUCGAACGGAUCAAGAAAAGGCGGACGAUUUAAUUCAAGAGUAUCUCGCACAAAUGGAGCUACCUUCGACCAGUGAUUUCUGUAAAGAUAUUCAGGAGAAACUCAAUGCUUUACAGGAUGACGGCAGUAAGACUUGUCUCAAUCAAAACAUGAAGGAGAAAAUUAAUAUUUAUAAGGAAAUAUUAUGUGACUCAACAAGCAAUGAUAGUGUGGAGUUAAUUAGCAAGAUUUCGGCAAUGGAAAUAGAGACUCCUCUGAAAAUGGAAGAUGAGGACGAAGAAGAGAAUGAUGAUAAAGAGGAAAGUGAAAGUGAAUGCGUUAUGUGCUCGCGAACUGCGAAUGAAUUGGAUCUAUACAGAUGCGCAGGUUGUACAGAUGAUCUCUACUGUCCCUUAUGUUUUGAGAGUUCUCACGACGAGAGUGAAAUGGUGGACAAACACAAGCCGGUUCGCUUUGUUAAGGAAGAUAAGAGAGAUAAAUUAUCGUCCGCAAAAAUGAGCCUUAUACGAAAAUUGUUAACGUCAGAUUGUCCGAAGAACAAUCAGUGAUAAUUCAUUAUCGCAUCGCGAAAAUUAUUUUUCUGAAAUUUUGUGCUAUUUUACACUAUUAAGUUAGCUACAAUUGGAUAAUAUUGUACGCAUACAGGAUUGUAAUUGAAAAUGCUUUAAAAAAAUAUCUAGAUUUAAAAAGUUUUCUCUAAUUGCUUAAUGCAAAUGAUUCUUUCAAUUUCUGAAAAUUGAGAAGAAGCUUUAUUUCUCGUCUUUGGCUGUGUCGUCUCAGUGUGGUAAUUUUUAUUCAUUUAAUAGCUUUAUUAUUAUUAGUAUUAUUAUUAUUACUAACUUCUUUCUAAUAUUGUACAACAUAUAGAUGUCUAAUGAUGCACGCUUGUAUGCGAGCAUAGUCAAGUAUAGAUAAUAUCGCAUUAACUUUUAGGAAACGCUAUUCUUUAUAAUUCUCCAGAAUAAAGUUAUUUUGGCUAA